AAAAUUCUCACUAAAAAUGAAAUAAUUAGAAAAAACUGAUAUUUUUGUCUUUAGUGCAACUUUUUUCAACUUUAGUUCCUAUUUUUUUAUGUUUCUGAUUUCUCUCGUUGACAAGAAUAAUUAAUCCUAAAAGUGAUGGCAGAAAAACAAAUUACAAGAGUAGAUAAAAUCAAAAAAUACCGAAAAUUAGGGAGAAUGAGUUGUCUUUUAACUCAAAAGACAAAAUGAGUCCAAAAAUACCAUUUAGACAAAAAGAAGCAAGGGAGAAUGGGCCUGCCCUAUACUUUUAUGAACACAUAAAACCCAAAAUACAAACACACGCUCAUCGUCACAACUUGUGCUUUUUUCUACAUUACCACAACUCCCUUCUCCACACUCCAGAGUCUCUAUCCGUAUUUUGACAAGAACAAAAAUAACUACCAAAAGCACCCAUCAAACAAGCAAACCAAGACAGUUAAAUACACGGCCCUGUGAAGAAAGAACAAGCAAAAUAAGGGGAAAAAAAAAGGAAGGAAAGAUCUCAGAGGCAUGGGAAAGAAGCUUGAUGCUCUGUUGGGAAGGAGACACUUAAAUAAAUCCAAGUUCAAGGCUCUCGUCAAACUUGCCGUUUACCGGCUCGCUGUCCUCAAGAGCCAGCGCCGGGCUCGGUGUUCUAUUGCCCGUGCCGACGUUGUUCAGCUACUUGACCUUGGCCAUCAUGACCGUGCUCUACAUCGGGUAGAGCCAGUUAUCAAGGAGCAGAAUACAUUAGACGCUUUUGUCAUGAUUGAAGGCUAUUGUCACUUGUUGCUGGAUAGGAUCGAGCUCAUUCAAGAAGAGAGAUCUAGAGUAUGUCCUGAAGAGUUGAAGGAGGCAGUGUCAAGCUUGGUCUAUGCAGCUAGGAAAUGUGGGCAGUUUCCAGAGCUUCAGGAGAUGAGAAUGAUCUUCACAUCUCGAUUCGGGAAGGAGUUUGUGACUUGUGCCAUUGAAUUAACGAACAAUUGUAGGGUGCAUCCCACUAUGAUAUGGAAGCUGUCAACUAGACCGCCAAGUUUGGAAAACAGAUUGAGUGUGCUUAAGGAAAUUGCUUCUGAGAAAAACAUAGUUUUGCAGAAUGAGGAAGAGUCUUCAGCGGCAACUGAGGAGAAAUUCAAAACAGAACAGAAGCAGAAUGACCCAGAGUCGACAGCUAUUUCAGGAGGAUCUAAGCAUCGUAAUGGUUUACGUAAUUUGGUGAAUGAGAUAGAAAGCAUGGAAGGUUUGUUGGUAUCACUGAAAGGCACAAGAAAAUACGAGGAUGUAACUGAUGCAGCUGAAGAAGCUUUUAAAUCGGCAGCUUAUGCUGCAGCAGCAGCAAGAGCAGCAGUGGAACUUUCUAGAUCUGAAUCCCACGACCCUGCUGAUCAAAAUAGUUCUGAUUCGGUAACUGACGAGAAAAAUUUGAAGAAAUUCAAAAUUCAAAAUACUGAGGAAAAUAAUUUGCGAAGAACCAAGGAUCAGAAUAAUGUUAUUGGAUUUGGGAAGGUUCAUCCUAUUCAGAGGUAUCAUUCUGAUUCUGAAGACGAAAUUCACGGUGAUUAAAAGGAUGAAGAAACCAAAGAGGGUAGAAUUGUACGUAGCUCAUUCUAGGCCAUUGGAGGGCAUUGUUAUGCGAGUGAUCACGAGACAAGGAACGAAAGAGGUGGAGAAAAGGUGUCAAGGAUCCAUGAGUUGGGUUUUGAUAUUAAGCACCGUUUGAAUAUAAAUGAAGGCUUGGGUUCUGGUAAGUUUCAGACAAACCAAGAUGAAGACCUAUCAGAGAAGGAUAGUAUGCUUUCUCGAUCUCAAAAGUGGUUUCCUUUGAGAUCUCAAGCAGGGCUGGAAACAGAGUCAGCGUUUGAAAAUGCCAAAGCAGAUUCUAGUGAAGGAUCCAGGGUACAAAGUUUGUAUCGGUUGAACACCGGGAGAAGGCCGGUAUCUCUGAGGACUAGACGAGCUCAAGGGCGUUGAGAAGCAUAUCGUAAUACCAUAAUAGGGAGUAGUUGUUCUUAGUAACGGUAUAGGUUCUGUGUGCACAUUUACUAUCUGAAUUGUUUGCACAUAUUAAUAGCUUAGUUGUAGUGUGAUGGUUUUGGUUGUGACUAUAUGAGUUUUUUGAUUUUUUACUUGUUUUUUGACUGCCCCUUUCUCCUCUUCAAUUUGGAGGAAACUUAUGGAGAAGAGUUUAGCAUCCGUCUGGAGUGCCUGGUAAUCUGGAUUUGGUUAUUGAUUGGUUUCUUCUGAAUGCUAAGUGGAAGAGUUUCAGAAGUACCAGUUUGAAGUGCUCUUUUGCAGCUGCUGUAUAUGCUAUAUGGAGGGAAAGAAACAAGAGGAUUUUCCAAGCUCAGAGCACAAACAUAUAGCAAGUUACCUUAGUCAUUUUAAAUUCAGUUAGAGAUUUUUUUGAGGAAGUUAGCUUGGUCAUCCCAGGAGAAGUGAGUUUGUGUAGCAGCUGGGGCGUUGCCCAACAUUUUAAAGAUUCUGUAUAGGGUUUGGCAGUAGGAAGUUUAGUGAUAGAGUUGUAUAGCUGUGUUUUGGUUAUGGGUUUACCCAUAUGUUGCUAGUCCUGGUUAUGACCUGGGGUGUGCCCCUUGGAUUUUGUAUUCUUUUGUUUGGGCUUUUAUAAGAUUGAGUACUUACAUAAAAAGAAAAA